AGGUGUGAUUAGAUUUUUUUUUUCUAUACACCUUUUUAAAAUUAAACACUACAUAGGCAUGUAGCAAUAUUUAACAUACUUCCUCGCAGCCCAGUGGUAAGAAUCCAAUUACCCAUCCCCCAAAAGCCUUUUUUUUUUUCUUUUCUCAUUUUUUGGGCUAUUACUUUUUUACUUUUAAUAUACAUAAUUAAUAUCCACCUAUAAAAGUUCAUCAUUGAAUACUCAUUAAGGGGCCGUUUGGUUCGCACAGGGGAAUCAGAAUGGAAUGAAGAAAGGGAAUAAAAGAGAUAGGAAUGGAUUCCCCAAAUUUAGCCUUGUCGUUUGGCUAUGUCCAGAAAACGGAAUGAACUACUCAUUGAUUCCCUUUGUUACUGUUUGGUUCAAGCCGGAAUCAAACUAUGAGUUUUUUAAUUCUUUUAUAUUUUUUCCAAAAACCAAUAUACACGUAUACAUAUAUAUAAAAUCAUAGCUUUAAAAAAAACCAAUAUACACGUAUACAUAUAUAUAAAAUCAUAGCUUUCAAAAAAAAAAAAUCAUAAAUCAAGUAAAAAAAAGGUACACAAAAUUGUUCUUAGUGCCUAAUGUUCGUACAUUCAAGAAACCAACAUUGGUAUAUACGAAGUAUAACAUGAACAUUAUUAUAUAUUAACAACAAAUUAGCAUACAUUCAAGAAGAAAAAAAAAUCAAUAAAUAACUAUUGCUUCAAUAAACCCUUUACAGUCAAGUUUAUUGAAAAGAAGAGGCAUAGAGGAUAAUGUUAUUAUUAUUAAAGAAAUGACACAUUUAUUUAAUAAAGCAAAAAAAGAAAAAAAUAUAAUGGCUUUGAAGUUAGACCUAACCAAGGCAUAUGAUAGUUUGGAGUGGAAUGUCAUAGAGGAAACUCUUAUUGGUUUUAAUUUCCCUCCUAAUUUUGUCAAACUUAUCAUAUUCUGUAUUACUACUCCACAAAUUUCUGUAUUGUGGAAUGGAGAAAUAACAUCAGAAUUUAGACCGUCAAGAGGAAUAAGACAAGGUGAUCCAAUGUCAUCUUACAUAUUUGUUCUGUGUCUUGAGCGUUUAUCCUUAAUGAUUGAGGAAAAAGUGCUUCAAAAACAAUGGAAACCAGUCAAGGUGGAGGAUAAGAAAAACAAGGGUAAAGUAGUGGUUGGGAGUUCUUCAAGUUUGAAGUGGGAAGCUCCUAACGAGGGGUAUAUCAAGAUCAAUACCGAUGGAGCAUGGAUGAAUUCAGCUAUUUCCUCAGGUGGGGGUGUUCUUAGAAGAUCUGAUGGGACUUGGUAUGUGGGUGUCUCCUGCAAAUAUUCAGCAGUUUCUCCUCUCGCAGCAGAACUGUAUGCCCUUAAUGAUGGCCUUUCAAUUGCUAAUGAUCUAAGGAUCAAGAAGGUUGAGGUGGAAACAAUUGCUCAGUCCUUGAGGACAAUGCUGCUGACUACAGGCCCUAACCCUCAUCAUGAACUUGCGGCUGUAGUUUGUGAUGUGGCUGCAGUUAUGGGAAAGUUUGAAUCGGUGAUCAUCACCCAUGUUCCUAGGGAGCAGAAUGAGCUAGCUCAUAAAUUAGCUGCUUUUGGCAAAGAUAUGGCAGUGGGUUACAAAACACAUUAUCUUGUUCCAGAAUGUGUGCAUUCUGUCUAUGAAGCUGACCUCCUCCAUGUUGCUGCGGCACGAAAUGUUGCUGUUGCUGCUGCAUCAGGAGUUUCGACAGCUUUAUCCAUGUAGGUUUCUCCUAAUCUUUGUUAUGGAUGAAUAUGACUUUUGGGGAUGUUGGAUUUUACUUUUGGGUUAGUGAAAUGUAAGGUUAACUGUUAUAGGGGGGUUUUGUACAGCAGGAACAUCGAUUUAGCCUAUAGUUUAGGCAUUAUUUUGGCAAGCAUCCACUUUUUUUGUAAAUUGUAUGUGAUGCUUGAUGUAAUUAACUCAAGGCAUUAGCCUCUUAAUAUAAUUAUCUACAGUUUGUGUUAAAAAAAAACUAUUGCUUCAAUACUGUUCGUCACCCCCCCAAAAUGAAAUUAAAAAUAAUUAAAAAAAAAAAAAAAAACCACAAAAGCCUUGAAAACGAACAGUGAGUAUCAAUUUCUAACCACAAUUCAACAAAAAUUAGGAAUCCACCACAAUUCAACAAAAAUUAGGAAUAAGUAUAAUUUCCCAAAAAAUUCAUGAG